UGUUGUUGUCAGUUGAGUACUUUGUACUUUUCUAAAUUAUUGCUUUUUGACAUUUGAAAAUGUGAAUUAAAUUCAUUUCAAAAACAAAUUUUAGGAAUAAUAUUAAAAUUUAAGGAAAAAACAGAGAAACUCCAUCAUUAUUUAGCCAUGUCGCAGCCAUGCCUAUUCUGUAAUAUAGCCAACGGCAAAGUGCCAGAUACCAAAUUGGAAGUUGAGACUGAUGAAUACGUUAUAUUUAAGGAUAUAAAACCUGCAGCCAAAUUCCAUUAUCUCGCAGUGCCAAAAUUGCAUUAUGAAAGCCUCAACACACUCACCAAAUCCCACGAGCAAUUGGUUACUCGCAUGGAGGAGGGACUGCGACAGCUAUUGGCUCAACAAGGAGUUGACAUGGAUGAGGCUCUGUUUGGCUUCCAUUUGCCGCCAUUCAUCACAGUGAGACAUCUUCAUAUGCAUGCCAUUGCACCACGCUCCGAUAUGGGCUUUUUGUCCAGAUGGAUAUUCAAACCCUCUUCCCGUUGGUUCCGCUCGCCUGAUGAUGCUCGUUUUUAUCUUUACCAAAAGAAUGAAUAGAUCAAAAACUAACUUGGAUAUUGAAAUUUGAAAAUUGCCUAUAAAUUUUGAUUAUAAAAUUUAUGCAAUUUAUUGGAAUUGGAUUUUUAAAUAUAAUAUUAGCUAAUUUGUAUUCCAAAUUAUAUUAAUACUAAAUUAAAAACAAAUUACGUUAUGCCAACAAAAAAGA